UCAGACAUAAAUGAAUGCAACAACAACAAUGGCGGCUGUAAUCAGCUUUGCAGAAAUAAUUUUGGACGUUAUCACUGUGAGUGCUCCAUGGGAUUCAAGCUUUCACAGGAUAACUAUACUGGCGUUGGUAAGAGCCUUAGGUAAUGAUUUUUAUUAUAACAGAUUUAUAAUCCCUUUCUCAAAAUUAAGCUAAAUCUUUGAGUUUAUAAAGACUUCGCUACCCGGCUUGCUUUAAGUUCUUCGUGCAAACGUUAUACAUGUUUUUUAUUUUUAAUAGGUACGAUAAGCGAUUCCUUUUUAAGGACCAGACAUUAUCCAUGUACGACGGGGGGGGGGGGAGGGUGUUAAGGGUUAUCUGGGAGGGUUCCUUAAGGGGAAAGAAGGGAGGGGGGAAAGAAGGGAGGAUAAGCUGUCGCAGACAGAACAUGAAGGGAAACUAUAGAAAGUUGGCUGCCAAUUUACUGCCAACAAGGAAGGGUUAUAAGAAUGUUAUAAAGCCUUAUGGGAGAUCAGGUAAAUUUUAUCGUGACUUAACCAUUAUUCCCCCCUCCCCACCUCAGGCGAUAAAGAAUGACCACUACCUAUAGUUUUCUUAUCGCUCUGUCUUAGAUAUCGAUGAAUGUGCAGUUGAUAAUGGCGGGCGUAGUUAUGGAUGCCAUAAUCUUCAAGGAUGCUACAUCUGCACCUGCCCUAUCGGAUUUGAGUUGGAUCGAACGCAAAAGAACUGCAAAGGUAUUUAGUUUUUUCCCUUCAUAAAUAUACAGGUCAGACCAAAAUUAAACAAGAAUGUUCGUUCUUUAAUUCGAAAAGCAUGUUAUUUACUUGCUUUACGGCUGGUGAUUUACAAGCUUUACUCGCGCUCUCCCAACGUUCCGGGUGGCUUUAUCGCGUAAUAAAACCCAAGAAUACAUUUUCUUUUUUAUUAAUAAUUGUCAUGGUUUUGUUGAUCUUUCAUAGAUUCAAAUGAAUGCUUGCUGGCCAAUGGUGGCUGCGAGACUAAAUGCCCCAAUACCAAUGGAAGCUAUUACUGCUCGUGUAACUAUGGCUUUGAGUUAUACGAUACAUUCAAAUGUAGAGGUAAAAUAUGAGGAAUAUAUUGUAAUGUGUGGCAUUAAGUAUGGGAUCAGUUACCUUUGACAUAAAUUGGUAAAAUUUAUUCCCAAACAGAAGCUGCUGUUCCGAUUAAAAAAAAGUAAAUGAAAAAAUGAAUAAAUAAAUAAAAGAGGGCCUUGCCCAUCUUGAUCCAACCGCUGAGCUAACUCGCUAGUAAACUCUUGAGGCCCGUUUAUUUAAAGUCUAGGGCGUGAAAUUGCACCUAAUAUAGGCGCCAAUGCGACUAAAUGUUUACUGUGAGGACCAAAUCCUGAAAACUAGUCGCCAAAUUGGCGACCAGAAUGUUUCAUCAUAGCCAUACCUAAAGAUGCAGUGAAUAAAAAAGAUUUGCAAAGAUAAAUCCGCGGCAAACUUUUUCGCUAAGUUCGCUUCCAAAUCGCGGCACAUGUAUUUCGAUCGAUAACUCGACGCCAUCUUGGAUUUAGGUGAGUUUGAAAGUUGUAUAUCAUCCAUCCUAGUAUCCACUUUGAAGAACUUUGCAGAACUCAAUUUUAGAAUAUAUCUAGAACGCUGACAGCGUAAAAAAAAUGUUUUUUUGUCUUAAAGAAUGGCGACCAACUUUUUUUGAAUUGGCUACCCUCUUUGAAAAAUUUAGGAGCCAAGUGGCUAUCAGAAAAAAAAAAAAAAAAAAAAUUAAUUGUACGCCAUGAAGUCUCGAAGUCAAUUUGUUACUUUAGCUGAUAGCUUUAUCAUAGAAUUUUGAAAACUUUUGAAACUACCAUAUUGCAAGAAAACAGAACUUACAGCUUUAAUGUUUUGUUACUGGAACCUUCGAGACACGACCUAUAGCUCCUCUGAUGAUCAAUUUUUUCUUGAUAGUGAGACUUUUGGAAUGUACCUCUCCUAUAUUCGAACAAAAAUAUUUAUUCCCCUCUUUCCUUAUUUUUCCAACGUUUAAUAUCCUUUUAUCAAGCCAAUGGGUUAAACAUACAGUGCAAUCGUUGUUGAUGUCACUUUAUGUUUAAUUUAAUUAAUUUUUAAUGAGUUAUAUCUUUACAGAUAUUGACGAAUGCUCUCGAAAUACUGACAAUUGUAACGAGACCUCUACAAGCUGCCAAAAUUUCCAAGGAGGAUACGAGUGUCCCCGCAAGAGUGGCUUCAAACACAAACAGGGAGACUCAUACAAUUGUGACUGUAAGUACCAUAUCAGUGAUGGUCCUGUAGGAUUGAUUUUUCUAUUAAGUGUCGAAUGUAGUUUAGAAUUUAAUUGAAUGUCCUAAUUUUGCUACUUUAUUGGCUCAAAGCAACAAAGGCAACGCAUGUCACCUUCUCGACCAAAAAGGUGCAAUACUUGAGGACCCGUUCAUUGAUUUGGGAACUUUCAUCUACCCGCCCUUGACCGGCUUAAUUAUCUAACCAUUGAGUUUCCAUUGCUUCCUUUCGUAAUUUCUUUUUCUCUGACCUGGAUUUAUUAACUUUCGUAUCCUAUCUGUUGGUUACUCAAUCGAAUAGCACUUUUGAUCGAUGGAUCUUCAUUAUUGACCCCGUUCUACUUGAUUCCACGCACAAGAUUAUCGAAGUAUAUUUUAUGUUCACAUUCUACCCCCAGCCAGGGGGACGACGGAUUGUCUUCAUUGUUGGAGUAACCAAUACAAAUGGCUUUAAUCAUUUCCCAGACAUGUGAAGUGAAUUUUUGCCUUAUUAUCGCAAAUUACUAAAUUUAUCCUUGAUUUCAAGUUAACACUUGAAGGUAAUACCUUGUGAUAUAAUAAUUUUCGUCAUCUUAGUGAUUAUAGCAUUUCUAGAUUGAGUUUCAUAAAAGCGAAACCAAAGUGAUAACAACGACCAUAUAUAAUUGUAGGAGAAAGGAAAACGCCUUUAAGAGCCAGUAGGAACUCAAAGCUUAACCAACCAAAAUACUCAUCAACCUAAUAUAGUGGUAUAAACGAUGAGUGACGUGUCAGCAGCUGAUUGGCGAUAACAAACACACCUAAAAAAUGAUUACAAUUUUACAUGCGAGCAGUUACGGCUUUUCCCAGGGCUGGAAAUCAAAGUAAAACACCGCAGUUCAUGAAAUGAAAUAUUUCCAUAUAUUUUUUUAAUUUUUUUACUUUUGAAGUCAUCACUUGCCCAGCCCUCUUGGAGUCUAUGGGCACAUCUGUGAGUCCUAAGCCUCAAUGCUUAGUCGUUGGCGGCAGGAAAGUGAAUGAGACUUGCAAGUUUAGUUGUAACAAUGGAUACGAGCUUCCAGAUCCAAAGAAGGACACCCUCACCUGUUUGGUAACGGGUUCAUGGGAUGCACCCAUCAUAAAUUGCCAACGUAAGUCUCGAAGAUUAAUUGGGAGUGUUUCUUUAUAUUUCGAAAGGGAACUGAGGUGUGCAUGUUAUAUUUUUAGAAUGAAAAAUGAAUGAAGUCAAAUAACUUUGCUAUCACUAGCUUUUGCUUUGCUUGUUAGGUUGUUUCUUUCAUUUAAUUUAGUUUUUUUUUGCCGCUGUUUUGAUUUUUUUUUAAGCAAUGCCAGUAGUAGUAAUAGUAGUAGUAGUAGUAGUAGUAGUAGUAAUAGUGGUAGUAGUAGUAAUAGUUGUAGAAGUAGUUGUAGUGGCAGUAGAAACCCAAGAUAAUUUACUCUAUUGUUUACAUAUUAUCUUUUCUUCCAGGUAUAACAUGCCCAGCCUUACCUCCUAUUCAAAAUGGGGACCUACUUCCGGAUAUUUGCCCAAUUUCCGGAAAUAGUUUUGGCAGCAGUUGCGUUUACAGUUGCAAAUCAGGUUAUAAAUUGACCGGCGUGGGUACGAAAACGUGCCAAGCGAAUGGAGAGUGGGACGACAAAACUACACCGAGUUGUAACAAAGGUAAAUGUUUAAUCGGCAAUGGGGAAUGAGGUCAAAAUUAGCCGAAUUCCGAGGUAGCUAUUUAUCGAUAUCCUUGCUAGUCGGUUUGGUGUCUCCAUAAUUUGUUCCUUUUAAUUUGCCUUACUUUUCUAUUUGCUUCAAUGCGCCUAGGUCACUUGCGCUCAACUCGCCAAAAGAUCUUCGAUACGCACUGUUUCUUCGCCAAUUACUUGCUAAAAAAUUUUUCGUUUCCUUGUUUUGUUUGUUUGUUAUUACCGCUGCCACUGAUUUUCUUGCUUUUGUACAAUAUGGCUAUUUUUCUGCAGAUUAUCCGAAGCCAUGGAUCACUUGCCCUACAGAUGUCGUUGCUACCCUUGCACCAAACGCUAAGGAACACGAUAUAACUGGGUUGCUAAGUCAACCACAGUCCAAUGUCAAAAAUAUUCACAUGUACCCAGAUAAGUACCGCAGCAGCCUGGUGUUCCCGUCAGGCUUAACUGUGCUUACUUACGUCGCUAGUAACGAAAUCGGUGAAACAGCGAAUUGUACUACAGUUGUGACCAUACAAGGUAAAAAAGGCUUCAAUUUUAAAAUGUUUAUUAUUAUUAUUAUUAUUAUUAUAUUAUUAUUAUUAUAUUAUUAUUAUUAUAUUAUUAUUAUUAUAUUAUUAUUAUUAUUAUAUUAUUAUUAUUAUUAUUAUUAUUAUAUUAUUAUUUAUUUAUUUGUUUUUUUUUGUGUUUGUGAAACUAACGUUUUGAAGAAAGCCGGAGAUUUAAAUCCUUAAAGCUUCUUACCUUUUCUUUUUCCUCAGAUCAACAAAAACCGACCAUUACAUACUGCACUGAAAAUAUAUAUCAAGCAAUAUCAGGUUCAGAAGCUUCCGUUACAUGGACAGAGCCAAGCUUCACAGACAACGUCGAGGUUGUAAGAGUCACAUCGACAAAGAAACCUGGCGACACAUUCCAAAUUGGAUCUCUUACGGUACUUUAUGAGGCGUUUGACGCCGCAGGGAAUAAAGAGGGCUGCUCUUUCGUAGUGCAACUAACGCGUGAGUCUUUGAAAGCAUGAUUUUUUCCGUCUUUGUUGGUAUUUUUAAAUGGUUUUGUUUUUUUUUUCUUUGCAAUUAUUUAGUAGAGAGACUGCCAUCUUGUGUUACUUGUCAAGUUGACAGACAGGCUGUGAAGCAUUUUAUAACAAACGAAGAUCCAUUAAUUUCAAACAUUUAUAAUUAACGUUCAUUAGUAGGAGAAAUUUAUUUUUUUUUCGCUCUUGAUGAAAUCCAAACUGGUGCUUUGGUAAUAAAGAAAAAUUCCUAUUCAAUUAUGAAUGAGCCCAGCACAUGUCUUAAGUUUGGUGAACUGCUAAUCUUAAAAUCCCUCAGGCUUAGAAUGCCUAAUAUAACUUUAAUAGCUGCGUUAAUGGGAUAGGAGUUCUAUAGCCCAUUUGACGAGGAUCCAAGCAACUGGACGGGCCCGUAAAGUUUUUUUUUUUUUUCAUUCAAGAUGGGUGUUUCAAAAGUUUUGAAAAUCAUUCAAUAAAACUAUUAGCUAAAGAAAGAAAUUGGGCUGGUUAGGGUGAUAAACCUGCUUCUCUAUUCUUUGAAUUUUCAAUUUGAAAUAUGGCUCCGGGGGCCAAUAAGUUACCGGGACGAUCGAGAAAUGGGCCCCAGGUGUAGCUUUUAUUCACUUGCAGGGAAGAGGUGCGAAAAACCAAGCGAACAGCCUGACAAUGGAGAAUUGGUUUGCAAUUCAAUCGGAGACUUCCUUUACUGUUCAAAUAAAUGUAACUCUAAUAAACAGUUGUUCAAGUACUCUUUUGGCUCAAGUUGCAACCCAUCUUCGUUGAAGUGGUCACCAGAGGAGGUUUUAAUCGACUGUGUAGGUCAGCAUAAAAUAACAAAACUUUAAUUAUUGUACUUGUGAUCAUGAUAACACCUUAAAGUUCUUCGUUAGUGGUAAGUCUUCCAUCAUCCAAGUUUGUGGAAAGAGAGGCGGUAUGAACAUUUCUAAGGAAAAUAAUUUUAUGACAAGACAGCAAAUUAUAUUGCGGUAUAAUACAUACCCUAACCAUCCUAUAAGCUUAUGAAUGAACUUAGGCUGUAAUGAUGCGGGUACCACGCGUUAGAUUACAAAUAUCCUAAAUACACCUUAUUCGAGGGGUUUAGCAUGUAAUAAGCGCGGAUAUCUUACGAGUUGCGGAGUAUUGACGGGCAAUGAGCAAAAUUUCCGUUCGUACAACACUAAAGCUGUUCAAUGAGGGUUCAUUAUUCCACUCUCGUUUCUUUUUCUAGACUUUUGUGUUCUAAUUUUCGAAACUUAAUGCGGUCUUACCGAGCAUUGUACCGAUCGCAUAAUGCGUGCGUGAAAGAAGAAAACUGCAAAAGGAAACCAUUUAAGUGACCACGAUGACCAAAAGAGACUUCUUGAGUGGCUCGAAUGUCGUUGCUGAAAAUAACAUGUCCGAAAAAUUAAAGAGAAAUCAAAGAUCGCUUAGAUCAUUUUUGUCCGUAUUUUGACCGAUGUGUUAUAAUUUGGGCGUUCUAUGGCCCUAAAGUUGUAAAACGACGUCAUAGUGCAAGAUUAACUUUUGGUACUCUAUUACAACUUUUGUUUAUCGGACACCGUCAAAUUUAAGUACAUUAAGUGUUUUCGUUCGGGAAAAACAACAAAAUUUAGGCUUGAGAAUUUUUUUUUUUAACGUUUGAAAUAACUUUUCAUUUCCUUUUCCUCAGGACCCUUGAGCGAGUUAGCUGUAGAUUUACCUCUGUAUGUUUGACAUUGUGUUGUUAUUGUUUGCCUCAUCAGACUAUGUCGCCAUGCCGGCAAGUGGAGAGUGCCCUCAUCCAACAAUUCCGCAGCCAUCCCUUAUUAAUUUCAACAAUCCAGCAAAGCCAUGCGGUAUGUCGCUUUAAUAAGCCCUAAAGUCCUGUUAUUCUUUCUGAACGUUUCCGAAAGCACUUUUAAGAAUGCUAUCUUACACAGAAUCGAAUUAAUUCAGUCUUAAUGAUAUAUUGAACGAUGUGUGUCAUCUUACCCAGUCUGGAAUAUAAGCUGAUAGGAAUGAGACAAAUUGAGUUCCUUCACAAAUCAAAACAGAAAUUUAGCCCAUUAACGCCUAUCAUUCACAUAUGUGUCUCCCGGUUUCGUUGCACUGUGACAAGGAAUAUUAUUCCAUUCAACCUUGAUUUUGUCUUUACUGAAUUAUUUCCAGUUAAAUGUCCUCGAGGGAUGAAAUAUGAUAUGACACAGAAAGACUGCCUAGCAUGCCCUAUUGGUCACACAAGUGAACAAGAAUCAAGCCUGAAUUGCACCAAGUGUCCAGAAAAAAAAAGCAUCAGAAAGGAGGGGUCGAAAACAUGUGAAGGUAAGCACGAUGCUGUGGGUUAAGGCGCUAUUUUUAAUGUUGUUCUUUCUUUUUCUUCAUUGUCUUUUGGUUUGUUUGUUUGUUUGUUUUUGUUUCUUUUUCCUUUUCUGGUUGAAAUCGUUUUUCCUUAAUUGAUUACCGAUUGACUGAAUCACCGAUUCAUAGACUGGGCUGUAGUUGUUGAGCUGUGAGUAUACCAGUCCAAGUUUUCGGUUGGCUAUUUAUUAAUGUUACUUGGAACUUUUGUCUUUCUGUCAAGAUCUUUGUGAUAAAGGGAUGUCAUCAGGAGAUGGGUUCGAUUCUCCUGACAAACAUGCGUGUUAUUUUUGCAACGUUGGAUUCUAUCAAGAUCUAUAUGGUGCCACACAGUGUAAGCAAUGCCCGAAUGGACUCACAACAAUUGCGAAGGGAUCAACCUCCUUGGAUGACUGUGGAAGUAAGAGCAGUCAUAUCAUUUAGCUCUGACGCCAUUCAGUUGUUUUCUCAGCUAAAAUUGUGUUGAAAUAUGAUGUUAUUCAGUGAAUGACACGGGCAUACUCGGAGAAGAACUCCGAGUGUUUCUAAUAGGAGACGAACCUUCGACCUUGCGAUGAAUACUUCGGACGCUCUACUACUGAGCUACAGAAAGCUUGUUGCAGGCUGUUUAACCAGGUCCAUGAUGAGAAACUUCCUGCAUACUGCCAGAAGAGGAAUGUUUUUGCUAUCACUGCUUUUCUUUUAGCUACCUUCUUCACUGCAUAAACUCAUUUCCGUUUCUUUGUAAUUAUUUGAUUUAUUUUUGCCUUUUCUAAAAUUAAUUUCCCUUGCUUAUAUCGCAUGUACAGAAUAAUCCCAAACUGGUGAUAUGCUUCAUCCUAUUCAAAUGCUACUGCUUUUAUUAUCGCCUUUAGUAACACCAACAGUUUCUUCCUUUGGGCCUCCUUCCAUGGUCGUCGAUGUGGAUGAAAAUGGCAGAGUUCAAUUUGAGUGUAUGGCAGCUGGACCACCAGAACCUACGUUCUUAGUUAAAAAGACAAAGCCAGCACCAGGUUUGUGGCGAGAGUUUGAGUCGAAUUAUCCUUAUAAAAUAUCUGAAAAGCAACCUGGCUCAUAAAGAAGAAAGAUUGAUACUUGCGGGGGCGUAAUGAACCAACCGCAUUAUUAUCCACCCAACUGCUGUGAAUGACAACCCAAAUCAAAACCACGACCAUUUUAAUAGAAUUUUCAGUCCAACAAGGCAGCGAUGACUGAUUAGGAAGUUGAUUAGCGUUGAAUCCUGUUCGUGAGAAACCGGUAAUGAAUUAUACUUUUAAUAAGUGGUCCAAGCGUUAAGUUGCAAAGUACGGGGAACGAUGUUUGGCGAGAGUAAACGAACCACAGGGGUCUCCUAAAGAGUAACCGAGAGGAACUGUAUUGGGAGUGGAAGUGACUGGUGCCUCUUCUUCUUUUGAUAGCGCGGCUUUUAGCUUAAUUAAAGUUCUGCUGCGAACUUUUUUAAAAGAAUUUAAUUGUGCGGUAAUACUGCUUUUUUUUUUCAGAGGGUUUCGGAGGACCUGUUAGGAUAGAGUACAUAAGGUCAGGUAAUGCAGUGACUGGUGUACGCUACAUAAUUCUCAGUGCGACAGAACAUGACGCCGGACUAUACUUUUGCACCGCCACCAACAAGUUUGGAUCGGAUACGAAGCAACUCACUUUGAAUGUCCAAAUUUCCGGAGGAAGUGGGUCAGGUAAUAGAAGUUCAGAUAAAAGAUCACGGCAUAAAGAGCUGCAAAACUUUGAUGUUAUUAUUAUUAUUAUUAUUUUUAAUAUUAGUAUUAUCAUUAUUAUUAUUGUUUUAUUAAUUUAUUUAGUUGUUUAGUUUUUUAGUUUGUUUGAUUAGUUAUUGUUUAUUUUUUUAUGCUGAAACCUUGAAAAAUAAGAAGAAAAUGACCAUUUUAAACCAUCCAAGAUUUAAAAACCAGGUUUAAGUUUAUGUUUAGAUACAUCGUAGACAUGGAUCUUCCUCGGACUGAACAUAAACAAGCUUUGGUCAUUCAGGCCAAACCCUGAAAAACUCUGAGGUAAAAGUGCCUAAGAUGUGAAAUCCGCUUAUUAAAAGUGUAGAAGAACUCUAAAAAACUGUAAAAUUUCGGUCUUCGUCAUGCAUCUGGAAAAUGUGAAACACCAAAAAUUCUGCAUACUGCCUUUUUUGUCGACCGUUUGGUCACCGGAAGUUGUUUGAUGAAUUUAGAUCGAUAAGAGCCCUAAAAACCAGCUUUCAUCACCUGAAUUCAGAGAAGCGCUAGAAUUGGAACAAUAGCACACAUCCAUACCAUACACAUCCUUGGCUGAUUGGUAAAUCAUAAUGUAAUACAUGCCGGCAUAGAGAUGCAUCAUAUACAUUGUAUACUCUGUAGCUUCCUUUAGUUGACAAAUGUGGUAUUCAUUGAUAGGUUAAUUUUUUUUCCUUUCUCUCCUCAAGGAGCUUGACGCCUUGAAAGAAAUAUCGUUACGUUAUGCUUCAGUACCGAACGAUUGAGUAGAGUGACACAAGGAUUCCUUCUUUUUCACUGAAUCAAUUGAUAUGAUUAUCGUGUGUAUUGUGACAAAUGAAGGAUUACAAAAUAAAAUUAGAUAAAGCGGGAUUAGCAAUGUGUUUUUUUUCAAAUUAAUGAUGGAAAGGAGAAAGGAGAAUUUGUGUGAUUGUAUUUUGGGGAUGUUUUAUUUGAGUCUUAAAACCGGAAAAACUUACUCUUCUGCGCCACAAAUCUAUCAAACUCUCUUUGAUGGCACAAAAAAAAAAACUCGCCAAAACCAGCUGGCUUAUAUUUAUUUAACAAAAGUAUGUCGUUUAUACUAAUUAAGAGCAUUUUAGUGCAGAUACUACGGUUACUCACAUUCAGGUUUAUCCGCAAGGGGCAGCGCAAAAUUAAAGACCUUGACCGUGAGUCCAGCACAACUGGAUCAUGCCCAAUUGAUGCUGUGACUGAUGUUAGGAAGCGUACCUCUUCGUUAAGGGUGCAAAGUGCAAAAAGGGAGGGCAUAUCUUUCUAUUGUUAUCUGCUCAUAAGCUCGCGGUAAUUACGCUAAGCGGUUUUUACUCUGCGAGUAAAAAACAGUCAACCUUUUGCUCUCCCAGAUAGAUGGUCAGUCGAAAAGAUCGAGUCAUGCCGCAAUUGUACGGUAAAUCAUCUUGGAUGUACGGCCAAAUACAACUCCUGUGCCGCUACCCAGAAAGUUUUAUCGCUGCAUAACUUAAUUGACCACUUAUCUUCAUUUCUACUCUUUCGGAGCUUUUGUUGCUCGGAAAAAUUAACAGACCUAGUUGCCUUGUUUCCCUAUUGCUAUCUGCUUACAAGCCCGCAGUAAUUACGCUAGGCGGUUGUUACUCUUAAAGAUGAGAUUUCUAAAACGGUUUAAGGUGGCUCGAAACAGCUUUUUUUUUUUUCUAUUUAGUGUAUUUAGGACCAACACAAAGCAAAUAGCAACACAAAGGGCUUUUAGAGAAAGGCCCACGAACGGUAAAUUGUGUUUCAGUUUUUCAUACAGUCUUAGAAUUAUGCAUUUUACCUGAGAGCCAACUUAAAUAAAAUUCUGUCAGAAAUUUUUUGUGAAAAUCCCCGCGUUUUGGAAUUCAUUCUUAAUUUUUUCCUUGUUUACAGAGUUUUUAAAAAAUCGCUCUCAAGACAUUGCAAGCGGAGCGAAGACAACAUGCUAAAAGUGAAGAAAAAAAAAAUUACCGAGCGAAAGCGGAAAUAAUGCCGCCGAAAGCUUCAAAUUUCUAAACAUUUUGACACGACAAGGUAGGCAACUGCGCAUGCUCAGAGUUUUUACGCGAGAGAGAACGCGCAAGACGCACAGGACAUUCUAUUUUCGCAUUUUCUGUUUAAUUCACGUUCUCGGUUAUCCUGUACAGAUAGUUCAGCUUUAUUUCGGCUAGACGUUUCGAAUAGCCAUUAGCUGAGCAGCUUUUUGUUUUGAUCGAUGUCGAAAAUCGACCGGUACUUGGAUCGCGCAGGGACCCGGAACUAAUCGACGUGGCACACGCUCGAUCUUCUUAGUUAUUACGAGAAGCAGAGGAAUCCUCUUUCCCAAGCACAUGUUGCAUCAUCAACUGAAGUUAUUACAAACACUGUUACCAAAAGGAUCCCAAAACAAACUUUCACUUUGACGUAUUGAAAGAAAAAUUGCGGCGAUGUGAGGCCGGGAAGAUCAUUACGUUUUGAAACAAUUUACCUGAACUUCUAACUCUUAACUUAUUUUCUUUGUAAAGAACAUGGUAACUUAAGAACGAAGAAGCGAGCUCGGCCUCAUUACAAAAGAAAAACACAGUCUACUUGGCCGGCGCAAAAUCAAGCGUGACACGAAAACGGUCGCCAUCUUUGUUUACAAAUUUUUUUCAUUCGCAAACUUUAAAAGUCCCGCGUGUGAUCGCGUGUAUUGGAAUCCAGUCCUUGCGCGCCAAAAAAACUAUUGCGAGCCACCUUAACUUGCUCUCCCAGAUUAAUGGUCGGUCAAAAGGAUCGAGUCUUGCCGCAGUUGUACGGUGAAUUAUCUUGGAUAUAUGGCCAAGUGCAACUCCUAUGCCCCUACUUUUAAUGUAGAUGUCUAAUCCAAAGUCUACCCUAAACGUUUAUCGCCGCAUAACUUGACCUCUUAUCUUCCUUUCUACUUUCUCAGAGUUCUUGUUGCUCGGAAAAAUUAACAGACCUAGAUGCCUAGUCAUUUCUUUUUCUUUGGGCUACUUCAUAGACCAAUGCGCUCGAGUGAUGGCAACAAUAUUGCACGCAGUGAAAUUGAACUGAAAUAGACGGUAUUUAUUAAUGAUUAAGAGGAAGCAGCUCUUCCUCCUAUGAUUUUAGAUAGUUCGCUGCUAUUAAAAUCGAAAUUUUAGAACGUGUUUAAGGAAAGGGGCUGACGGAAGCUUUUUGUUUUAGAUAUGGCAAGACUUCCCAGAGCCAUUUUUAUGAACCACGCGUUUUAAUUUGGGAAACAAUAACAGGAACAUAAAAUAAACGAAACACCGGCUUCAUCCCGCUGGUUCAGCUGUUAUAUCCAACUACAUUAUCAUUGCCAUCGCCCAAUAGAGAGUUUUCUUUGAACAAUAGUCAGUAACCACAACUGUAACAUACGUAGCCGCAAUUUCAUGAAAAGUAUCCCAUGCGGAAAACCUUCUUAAUUCGGAGCUCAUUUUGCGAUCAGGGCAACAUAAUUUUUUUUACUGGAAUAAAUAUGCAAUAAUGUUAAAAUUAUUUAAGAGCGAGCGUGAGUCACCGUGAUAAGUCAUAUGAUUUAGUAGCCUAAAAUGGAAGUUUGCAGUUUCCAUAGUUAAGAUCAUGAUUUGUAAACGCCACGUAACGGAGUUACCCAGCCUUCCUUAUAAAUGAACGUCGUUCUGGAUUUCUUUUAAUUGAAGUUUGCAGUCAGUUGUCUCGACGAAUAUAACCACACUUAUACAUGCCUGAUUAGAUGAGGCUCCUUAUUCGCACAAUAAUAUUAAUCAUGUUGAAUUAAAUAAAUGGCUGAGGAAACUAAUAAACGGGUGAGCAAUGUCUGUGCUGUUUCACUUACAAUUGAUAAAGUUUCAUUCUUCGUUAUUUGAGCCUUAACAUUUUCAGGCGGAUUACUUUGAUCUAAAUGUAAAAACUAAAAAAAAAAAAAAAGAAGAGAAGCUGCCAACAAGUAAUUGUUUGAAUAGCAUAGCCUUUCCAUUGUUCAAGUGGAAAUUAAGAAAUGAUUGACAUGUUUUUGAAAUGUUUUGGUGGAGCUAAAAUUUUUUAGUUGUUCGGGCUUUGCAUUCUGCACAAGCUCUUAUCUGCUAACCAUCUAGAACAAUCGAUUAUUCUUAAAUACAAAAAGAAAAAUGGAUAAAUAAAAUAAAUAAAAGAUAGCAUAUUCUUAUAAGAGCUUGUGCAAACUUCAGCUCCACCUAAACAUUACAUCGAGGCAUAAACAUGUCAAUCAUUUCUUAAUUUCUACUGUCUCAUUCCUCUCCAGUGGAGUUUUUUUUAAGCGUAAAGUGAGAAGCGCAAAAUGCUGGACGCCAUGGAGGCAAAAUUUCAGUUUUUGUGGUCAGUUAUGUACUCCUCCAUUAGGACUUUGAAGAAAACUCUCCCUACAGAAUAAGUUUCAUUACCAUAAUGUAUUACUUCACAUCACGCCGGAAUUUUCACUGGAAAAGAAAAAAAAAAAACAACAACAACAACAACAACAAACAUUCCAGGCCCCUUAAAAUUGGAAUAACUUAGUUCUAUCUGGUCAGAACAGGAGCAGUGGAUUUACCCUUUAAGUCCCAGUAAUGAUGUAGACAGAAUUUCUCCUUACACUAUCAGCACAACAACAAGCAGACAAGUAAUGAGACAAAAGAAAAAUAUCAAUUAGGGGAAUAAUGGCUGAUCCAAUUGGCAGACAGUAAGGAGAAUUAUAAAACAAGAUCUUGGGAAUUCAAGAGUUAAAACUGGUUUUUCGUUUGUUUUCUGUUGUCUGUGUCGUUGUAUUGUAUUUUGACAAAAUGGAGCGCAUAGUACUUAAAAUAGAUUUAGGAAGUAUUUUUAGAUCGAAAAAAACAAAGAAACAAAAAAAAAAAGGAAAAAACAAAACAAACAAAGAAACAAAAAACUUCCGUCAGCUCUGCUCCUUAAACACCAUAUAAAAUUUUGAUUUCAACCUUACUGAACAUUUCGACCGUAUCUGCGCUAAAUUGGAGUUUAAGGGAUAUUAUGAGGACUGCUGCUUGCAUUUUUUUUUUGUUUGCAUUUGGUGUUACAAAUACUACUGAAGAUCAAGUCACCGAUGGUAAGCACAUUAAUUCUUCAGUAUCCAAUCAUAACUUGAAUUCAUCGUGUGCACUUAAAAAUGUAUCUUUCUUGCGGGGAUUCCGCUGCGACUGACUAAAUGCUUUCCUUUGCGAGAAAGUCAGGUUGUUUACAUUUGGCCAAAAAAAUCAAACAGGGUCGACGGAUGGUUGAGGAAAAGUUUGAAAAGGAUAUGAGUCGAUUAUCAUAACUUGAUGCUCUAAAAAUCAGCUUCCCUCUGCAUCCGUCAGUUCUCUUCCUUCAACACCUAAUAAAACUUCGAUUUCAACCUCGCUGAACAUUUUCGACAGUUUUUUUUUUGCUUAAUUGGAAUUUACGGGAUAUUUUAGGGACCGCUAUUUGCACCAAAUUUCUAUAUGCAUUUGGCGUUAAUAAUGCUACUGAGGACCAUGUCACCAAUGGUAAGCAAAUUUCUCCUUAGAUAUUCAAUCAUACUUUGAAUUAAUCCUUGUAAAAUAUGAAAAGAAGAUCUUCCAACGUGGACUCCGCCCCAACUGUUUCAAGAGAGUGUCUGUAUGAGCGGUCCGGUCGAUCUUGCUAGAGACUAGGAUUUCGCUCGUUUCUCGUGUGUUGUAAGACAUUCAUGUACCUAUACUAAAACCACAAUCAGUUUGAUCGGAUCUCUUUAUUUUUCAGAGUUUUACGGAAAUUAAAUUUCACUCGAGCGAAGGCUUGUCGUGACACUUUUCAAGACUUUAAUUUUCUACAACUUUGGAGGACUAUUUACAAAAAACUGUGGAACUCGGCAAAAAAUAAAUACCACAGCUAUGUAUAUUAACUCUAUCUUAUCUAUCGAGGCGACUUUCGUAAACAUCACGUGUCAAUCAAAUAAACAGGAAAACUUGAAUGACACCUCAUCGGUUCGCCUAAAUUACACACGCUAAAACCGAUCAAAUUCAAAGUAAAUUUUUGAAAAAGUGAGGCGUUCUUAACUGAUCCGACUAACAUAGCUAGGAAGAAGGUGCCAUAGAAAAGGUAACUACAGAAAAAAACUUUGCGGCCCGACCUUUACGAGAACUUUAUAAGUCCGUGAACUUACCUAAUUUUCGGCAAUCUCCAAGUUUGGCCGCCAUUUUGAGGGACUUGUCAACAUAAAGCGUAACCGAUAUAAAUCAAGCAGGUGGAUCUAAAACCGUCAGAAAUACAUACGAAAGCAAUUCAGAUGAACUUUACUUUCAAUUCAAGCGGCAAAAUUUGAAAUUGUUCGUUAAACUUACCAUCCCCAUGCGACCAUUUCUUUCAACAAUUCAAACACUACAACUAGUGUUCGAAUUCCCCUCGUCGAUUCCACCGCAAGAAAUAACCUGUGCCAUCCAAGCUUCGACUCGAAUGUGAAGUACGAAUCAAGUAACAUAACUGCUUCAUCUUCGCGGCAAUAUCACGCUGGUAUUUUGAUUUUCCGAUCGACAAGAAUGGUGAUCAGGAAUCGAUCGGUUUGUUUACCUCAUAAACGUGACCGCUGACCAGCCGCUAAGUGAAAACAGCAUAGUGCGGGGUGUGGUGGGUGGCGGGCUUAUCGUCAUAAGAUAUUCGAAUACAUGCUCAAAAAGCUCUAGGACUAUCAGUCUAAACAGUGAAGGCAUGCUUCGUGGUACAGACAACUUUUAUUUUAUUCUCAUAACCUUCUCCUUUAAUUUGGAACUGGCAUUAAUUAAUAGAGUUAUCAAUAUAUUUUUAACCGGGUACCCAUAUAACCCUUAUUGCAUAACAUCAGUGGAGUAAAAUAAGGUGUCUUUUCCACCAGAACCUUUUAUUUAUGCCCCAAUGUACAGAAUGAACACUAUACUUAGAAUGUUUGCUCUAAGUAAUUUUUUCUGUUCCCAAGAAUGUAAAUAGAGAUUUGAUUCAUUCCGCUGACACGUUGUUUUAAGUUAUGGCGCGUGCAGCUUUUUCCUAUCAAAAGUCGCGCAUGCAACACACCGGAAUUGAAAAUUCCUCGUAAAAUCGCACGAACCUUAGAAUGAGUGUAGGCAACUUUGACCGGACCCCCUGAUAUUUUUUCAGGACUAUAACUGAGAUUUGUUCAUAACUAUUAUAAUCGUCAUCAUUAGCGGACGGUGCUUUUUGCCUAUUGUUGUCAUCAUUAGCGUUAUCACGCCGGAAGAAGUAUAAAGCCGGCAUGUCGCCUUACCUAGCUACACAGAAAAUUGUUCUAUCUUUUGCUCUCCUUGGAUCCUGGAAACUGUUACUAUUAAGACGAUCAACAAGAAAGCCUUUAUAAUUAUUGAGACAUUUGAUUAACAGAAUGUAAGAAAAAAUCGGUGGGGAGAGUUUUUCGCGUAUCUUAUAAUCUGAACGAUAGUUUUAAAUAAAACAAAUAACACUUAAUUCAAUUUGCCUUAGUUGUCUCGUGUUUAAAAUUGGCGUUUCUGGGACCGUAGAUUCUUUUCUGAUUCUUCUUGUCUCAGCUAAGACUCACUAUCAUCAACUUUUUUCUUGUGCUUCUUACGGCAUGGGACACAGAGAGCUGAGGUAAGCGAUUGCAAAUUUCUCAGUUAAAGUAAAGCCCAGUAGCAUCCAUCAGGAAUUAAAAAUCGACAUGCAAUGUUUACUUUUAUUAUUCUUAAUCAAAUAAAGGGUGUUUUAGUCUGCAAAUUUAAUCAUACUGGUUAAUGAGAAUCAUACAAACUGAGGAAAACUGACCGCAAAUAAUUGUGAACCGUACGCAUGAGUAAGUAUAUUGCGUUGUCAGGUGAUUUGAUCUUCUACAAAAACAUUAUUGAUUAUCAACCGAGCAACAUUGUACAUAUUUCCAUCUGUUAUUAAAAGCACUUACACAUACAUCUAUUUUUUUUCAACGUGAUGUGUACUUAAGUACCCUUCAUCUAAUAAAGAAUUUCUUCUCUUUUCGAGCAGAUAUGUCACGUGACAAAAAUAGAUGACAGAAAAAGUUACUGAAGACUACCUGAUUCAACUGGAAUAAUAACUCCAAACAGCUUUUGAAUGUCCUGAGACAUAUGCAAGGUAAUUAUAUCUGUACCUUGGAUACGCUUCCUGACACCAUUAUGAUCAGGAUACUGACAUGUUACCUUUGCACUUCUCCAAAACUUCCACAGAGUGUGGCGAUGCCUAUAGCAAAUCCACAUUUUUUUGUUUAUCCUCCUGAGCGAGGUGAAAUAGGCCAAUCUUUGCCAAGAUUAGCUCAUUUUCACUUAAAAACCUCUUUAGACAGGUGGCAGCUUACCAAAUGGUGUUUUACUUCGUCAAUGCAUUCAGACAGUCGUACCAAACAGCUUAAGCCACACGAUGAACCAAAGUUUUUUCCAUCUUUGCCACUCAAAAAGAAGUCCUGAGACAUAAUGAACGUCUCUCUAAUGAACGACUUCUUUCUGUACUUGUAAUUGUUUCCAACGCCAUGCAAGUUCGGGAGAUCUAAAGGAACUCACUAUAACUUUGUAUACUCGAUACGAUUUUAAUUUCCGCGUCAAAGGAGAAGCAUAUUGUAAUUUGUGAGUGGUCAGUGGUUACGCUCGUGAGGUAAAGAAUGGGUUCGUGACUUUCUCACUCAUUUGAAAGACUCGCGUCACUCUUAUGAAAUGGUUGAACGGAAUACAGACUUCGAGUAGUCUCUUAUUUUUCUUAAAGAUAGUGAGGUCACGCGUAUCCUGUGAGCAUCGAGAAGCCGCUCCACGCGAGACUCGUAUUUCGCGUCUUUGCCGCUCCACGCUCUCAGAGUUGGGCAAAGACAAGACACGUUAUUUCUGGUGCGAUACAAGAGGUUCAAUGGUUAUCUCGAAUAUCUAAACACAUUUAUUUACGUGGUAAAGAUUUGUUUUUAAAUCUAUGAACUGAUGCUAGUCCUAUUUGGAACAAAAUGUAUUUGAAAUAAAAAACAAAUACUAAGUAAAAUAAAAGUUGUCUGCAACACGAAGCAUGCCUUUGCAUUAAGACUGAGAAUCCAAAUGUUUAUCAUGAUACUUUAAUGCAUAUGUUCGAAUGUUCCCAAAAAUCUUCUGAUAAUCUGCCCGCACCUACCCCUCACCCUGCCCCUCGCCACUGAACCGUACUGUUUUCACUCAGCAGCUGGUCAGCGGUCACGUUUAUGAGGUAAACAAACCGAUCGAUUCUUGAUCACCGUUCUUGUCGAUCGGAAAAUCAAAAUACCAGCGUGAUAUUGCCACGAAGAUGAAGCAUUUAUGUUAUUUGAUUCGUACUUCACAUUCGAGCCGAAGCUUGGAUGGUACAGGUUAUUUCUUGCGGUGGAAUCGACGAGGAGAAUUAAGAAAGUUGUAGUGUUUGAAUUGUUGGAAUAAAUGGUCGCAUGGGGAUGGUAAGUUUAACGAACAAUUUCAAAUUUUGCCGCUUGAAUUGAAAGUAAAGUUCAUCUGAAUUGCUUUCGUAUGUAUUUCUGACGGUUUUAGAUCCACCUGCUUGAUUUAUAUCGGUUACGCUUCAUGUUGAGAAGUCCCUCAAAAUGGCGGCCAAACUUGGAGAUUGCCGAAAAUUAGGUAAGUUCACGGACUUAUAAAGUUCUCGUAUAGGUCGGGCCGCAAAGUUUUUUUUCUGUAGUUACCUUUUCUAUGGCACCUACUUCCUAGCUAUGUUAGUUGGAUCAGUUAAGAACGCCUCACUUUUUCAAAAAUUUACCUUGAAUUUUAUUGGUUUUGGCGUGUGUGAUUUAGGCGAACCGAUAAGGUGUCAAUCAAGUCUUCCUGUUUCCUUGAUUGACACGUGAUGUUUACGAAAGUCGCCUCGAUAGAUAAGAUAGAGUUAAUAUACAUGGCUGUGGUUUGUUUUUUUUGUUGAGUUCCGUAGUUUUUUGUAAAUUGUCCUCCAAAGUUGCAUGAAAUUAAAGUCUUGAAAAGUGUCACGACAAGCCUUCGCUCGAGUGAAAUUUAAUUUCCGUAAAACUCUGAAAAAUAAAGAGAUCCGAUCAAACUGAUUGUGGUUUUAGUAUAGGUACAUGAAUGUCUUACAACACACGAGAAACGAGCGAAAUCCGUGUCUCAAGCAAAAUCGACCGGCCACUCUUACAGAGACACUCUCUUAAUCUUCUCCCUUGAAAGUAUGUUAGGUUUGUAUACAUUUGGCAAAAAAAAAAAAAAAAAAAAGCAAACAGGGUCGACGGACGGGUUGGGGAAAAAUUUUUGAAAAGGAUGUGAGUCAAUUAUCACAGCUUGAUACUCUAAAAUCAUCUUCCCUCAACUUCCGUCAGCUCUGUUCCUUAAACAUCCUAUAAAAUUUAGAUUUUAACCCCACUAAAGGUUUUCGACUGUUUCUUCUACAGGAUAUUUUGAGGACCGCUAUUUCCACCAUAUUUCUUUUUGCACUCGCAGUUUAUAUUCAAUUAAGUUCGCGUUUUUGCGUGAGGUCGAAUCCCAUUUACAUAUCCACACAUCUUUAUAUCUAAAUAUUUGUCUAUCUGGGAGUGAGAUUAAACGUGCAUUAAUGUUGUGGCGUAAAACAUGUAAUAUAUUGCUACAUACACGAUUUUAUAGAAAACUCCCAACUUAUUUGUAUUCGUUGUUAUGAUGCAGAAACAGAGUUCAAGCUCACCUUUAUAUCUUUGAACAUGGGACUGAAGGGGAAGGGAAGGUGGAUGCCACCCCUCAAAUGUCUUUUGACUUACGUAGUGACCUAAUCUUGCAAAUUCACAGUUUCAUUUACCCAAUCCCCACUGCACCAUGGCAGAUGUAGAAACUUUCUUGUGUGUCGGAGCUUUUCAUUCAGUUCCCCUUCUGUGUAGCCUAUUUUAAUUUCUGCAAUUGAAAGGUAAGUAAAUAGAUCAUUUUGCCUUGUUUGUCUUUUUUCUCUCUUAUCGGUCGGCUCCCCGUAAACAUUAGUUACGGUCUGCUCCAAGUAUACUUUACACGACAAAACAAUUAGCUGGAGUACAGCCCAGGAAGAAUGUCGCAAACAAGAGAAGGGUUCACUUGUCUCUAUGGAAACUGAAAAAGAAUGGCACUUUGUCAAGAACUUAACCAAAAAGCGAACAAAAACACGUUGGCUCAUUGGCUUGGAAAGAGUUAAUAGAUCUCAUACGUGGUACUGGGUUAGUGGAAGCAUCGCCUGGGUCAACGGGACAUCAGCUAGAACAUGGCAUUGGAAUAAGGGAGAACCAAACAAUUUUGGAACAGAAAAAUGCGGAGAGAUGUGGCAAAACGGAAAGUAUAACAACAUUCGGUGCGAAGAAAAAAAUUCUGGUGAAAAUCCAGGAUAUAUAUGUGAAAAGCAAGUCAGUAAGUUCAUGAUCAUACCGACGGGAUAUUAA